GCGCAGCUUAUAAACCUGAAAAGAUCAAAGGUAUGAAAAGGUUGUUGUGAAGAAAAAGAAAAAAAGGGACACGAUUUGACGGAAUUUUUGGUGUAUAGAUGGUGUUUUUGGAGCUAUGAUGAUGGUGGAAAUUCUCAACGACGGCCCAGUCACGAUAGAGCUCGACUCAAGGAAAUUCGCUUAUACCAGCUAAAUAAAUUGUUUAAACUUGAAAAAAACCCUUCUCUGCCUCAUAUAUACCCCACACAUGCAUUACGAUGACCAAGACCACGAUCCCUCAGCAUUGUUAGAGGAUGAGCUGAUGGGCCAAUCGCUAGGGUCGUUUGGAAAUUCGCUGGCGGCUGAAUUACACACUGCCACCGUCCAACCAAGCCCGUCCGCUAGUCGAAAGAAUAUUCGUCAUCCAUCACAACCAGCGGAUCUACAACAGAUUGAUGAAAUUCAUGCUAUCAAUGAAUAUGAAUUAGAAGAGGAACAGCUACCUAUUGGCGUCCAGCAAUCACUUGCCCACGAAUUGUUUUCAAAUCAAGCUAGCCCUGUCAUCUCCCCUGGACCAACAUUAUCCAGCACCACCUUCGGUCAUAGUCGAAGAAGCUCGUUGUCAACUUGGUCGUCUGUUGAUCCUGAAGAAAAUGAUCCCUUCGAGGCUCUCAAACGUCAACUGGAGGACCUUAACACGGCUGUAUGGGAAACCAAAACCUUACAUAAAAGGCUGGUCAAGACUCUCCUAUCGGACCAUACCCUCAGCCUGCAAAGCAACUCAUUAUCAUCUACUGGGCAUCAAAGACAAGCCGCUGAUAACUUUGCCCCUCCUCUCGAACUUGUUAUAACCUCUGUGAUCAACCUCAUCGACCGUAUGGCUAGAGAUAGGGAACGGCAGUUUAGCGUGUUACGAACUAUUGACACUUCAGUCAGAACUGAAGGCUCCUGGAUGUCCGCUGAUGCUUUGGCCGAUAUCGAUGUCCUUCUCGUCGCCAUCAAAAAUACCUUACACGAUGUUGCGUUUGAAUUUCAGAAUCCAGUUCCCUUGAUGCGAAAUUUAAACUUGGAAACUAGCGCCAUGACCGACUCCCUGGAAGAACUGAAAGAGCAUAUGUUUGUCAACAAGCGACAAGCCCAAGAAUUAAACGCCCGUCUGCGAGCUAUUGCCAAGACCGUUCACGAUGUACGCAAGGAUAUGCGUGAAGUCAACCAAUUACUGGCCGAAAAGGACGAUGAGGAUGCUGUCGUGUUAGAGAAAGGUGAAGUUAAGGAAAGGGUCAAGGAGAUCAUGUGGGGACUGGAUGACCUAGAUGAAAAGAGCUCGCAAGAACUGUUGCGCAUGAAGCAGUUUUGGGAUGAAUUUGUUUCGGUGGCCUCUUGAAAAAAUUCCCCGGUUAGCAAACCCUUACACCUUACACCCACAUACAACAACAACCCUUUUUGAUUAUUGCAUACCCUUACAUCUUCUCUUAUACUUGUGCUGCAAAGACGCACCUAAAGAAUUUUUUUAAAACUGUUAUCACUUUUUGUGUUAUUUCUUCCUCUUCUUUUUUUUACACAUAAUUGCUAUCAGCAAGUAGCCCCCCAGUAUCAUGUAAUUUAGAAGCUAUGGUUUUUUUUUUUUUCUUUUUUUUUUUACCUUUCUACUCCCAGAUUUCAUUCCAUAUGGAAAAC